CAACUAGGCUUGUGGUGUCUCUGAUGCGUCUUGCUUGGCUUUCUCUUCAACAGUUUGUGAGUGAAAGAAGAAAUUAAACUAUGAUAAUUCGGCAUCCUGACUUUUUCGAGACCAGUCUUCUACUCCCUUCGUGAUUUUUGAGCUCCUCUGGGGUUCCUUUUAGCCCUGGUUCUGGGAGGGAGGAGCAGGUGGGGGAGCGCCUGGAACCCCAGCACGGCUUCCCAGGAAGGAGGGAAAAGUAACCCCUCAUCUUUGUGACUAGUCCACUUGUUGGCCUGGACUACAGUUUUGAAGUAUUUGAGGACCAUUUGUUUCCCAAGGAAUUACAGUUUGAGAGACUGACCCGAGAGCUGGAGGCAGAACGCCAGAUCGUCGCCAGCCAACUGGAGCGAUGCAAGCUUGGAUCAGAGACGGGCAGCAUGAGCAGCAUCAGUUCAGCAGAAGAGCAGUUUCACUGGCAAUCACAAGAUGGUCAAAAAGACAUCGAAGACGAACUUACAACAGGUCUUGAGCUGGUGGACUCCUGUAUUAGAUCACUGCAGGAAUCAGGAAUACUUGACCCACAGGAUUAUUCAACAGGUGAAAGGCCCAGCCUGCUCUCCCAGAGUGCACUUCAGCUCAAUUCCAAACCUGAAGGGUCCUUCCAGUAUCCGGCCAGCUACCAUAGCAACCAGACCCUGGCCCUGAGUGAGACAGCCCCUUCGCAGCUCCCCGCCCGAGGCACGCAAGCCCGAGGUGCGGGCCAGACCUUCAGCCAGCGCACCGGGAGCCAGCAUGGUCCGCAGAACGCCGCCGCCGCCGCCUUCCAGAGGGCCAGCUACGCCGCUGGCCCAGCCUCCAGUUACGCCGACCCCUACCGACAGCUGCAGUAUUGUCCCUCCGUCGAGUCUCCGUACAGCAAAUCCGGCCCUGCCCUCCCGCCCGAAGGCACCUUGGCCAGAUCCCCGUCCAUCGAUAGCAUUCAGAAAGAUCCCAG